AUGAAUAAAGCAGAAGUAUAUGCCUAUUUAGAUGAACAUAAGAUUCAGUACGAAGUUACUGAACACAAAGCAGUAUUUAACAUGAAAGAAAUCUCUGAUAUUAAACUUCCAUAUCCCAACUCAGAAGCUAAAAACCUUUUCAUCCGUGAUGAUAAAAAACGAAGUUAUUAUCUUUUGUCUGUUCAUGGUGAUAAGCAUGUGGAUUUGAAGAAAUUUAGAAAAGACAAUAACACAAGACAAUUAUCAUUUGCUUCAGACUCAGACUUACUGAAUACACUUGGUUUGAUUUCUGGUGCAGUGUCACCCCUUGGAAUAUUAAAUGACAAGGAAAGAAAAGUUCAGGUUUUUAUUGACAAAGAAUUUUUAAAUAGUGCUGAUGGUCUUAUAGGAGUUCAUCCAAAUGAUAAUACUGCCACAAUUUGGUUGAAAGUUAAUGACUUAAUUGACAUCAUAAAAUCUCAUGAGAAUGAGGUGCAUGUCAUAGAGUUUUAA